CCCAAUCUGCCGCCGCCGCCGCCAAGUCCCAAUUUCAAGUUUCCCGGAUAAAUUGAUAAACCCUCAGAAUGACCUUUUCCCGGCGGCUUUCUACUAGCAGAGUCUGAGCACAAGCAAGAACAUCAUCCGGCGGCUUUCUGACGGAUGGCUUAUGGAACUUACUCUUCAGUCUUCACCGGUAACUAGUCGUCGGAACUCUGUUUGCUGAUAAAGAGAAGGAAGGUAACCAUUGAAAUCUUAAUUCCGAGAACUGUUAAUUACUUCAUUACGGUAAAAGGCUGAAUCUUUGGACUAGGUUUUGUCUGUGUAUUAGUUCGUUCCUUCAUUGAAAUAUCAUCAAUUGAGAUUCUUUAUUCUGCAGACUGCAAAUGCUGAGGUCUCUCUCUUUGAUUCAUCAACUUCCUACUGCCUUUUCUUCCGCCAGGAGAAUCUGCUUGGCUAAAAUGAGCUCAAUACCAAUGCCGAUGUGCCCUAAAUUUGUUCCAGUUGAAGGGGGUGAAGUUUGUUCUAGAAGCAAGGCUGAUGGCUUAAGGUUCAGUGUUGUCUCUUACAACAUCUUGGCUCAGGCCUAUGUGAAGAGUUCUCUGUUUCCACACUCUCCAUCUGCUUGCUUGAAGUGGAAGGCUCGUAGCCAUGCAAUCCUAACUGUUUUGAAAAGCUUAGGAGCAGAGUUUCUCUGCUUGCAGGAGCUGGAUGAAUAUGAUAGCUUUUACAAGCUAAACAUGGUGAACCACGGUUAUUCUAGUACUUACAUUCAAAGGACUGGCAUUAAGCGUGACGGUUGUGGAAUCUUCUACAAACUUGACUGUGCAGAGUUGCUCUUAGAGGAGAGGGUGGAAUACAAUGAUCUUGUAAACUCAGUUCCAGAUGGAGCCAAUUCACAUGGCGAUAUACAGAAAAGUCAACAUGCUAACAAUGGUAGUAAUGUUCCACCAUCAAAGAACAAUCGUGAAGACCAUGGAGAUCCUAACGACCCUCGUGUGAGAUUGAAACGAGACUGUGUUGGGAUAAUGGCUGCUUUCAAACUCAAGAGUCCCUUCCAUCAUGUUGUUAUAGUUGCAAAUACACAUCUUUACUGGGAUCCAGAAUGGGCUGAUGUGAAGCUCGCACAAGCAAAGUAUCUUCUCUCCCGGCUGGCAAAGUUCAAGAUACUGGUUUCUGAGAAGUUUGAUUGUGCACCUGAAGUGAUCCUUGCUGGUGACUUCAACUCAAUUCCCGGGGACAAGGUUUACCAGUACCUCGUCUCUGGCGAUGCUUUGAACUCACCUACGGUGGAAUGUCUGGAUGAGCUACCCAUUCCCUUGCGCAGUGUCUACUCGGAGACCAGGGGCGGAGAACCUCCAUUCACUAACUGCACUCCUAGCUUCACUAACACACUCGAUUACAUAUUCUUUUCACCUGGCGAUCAGAUGAAACCAGUCAGCUUCCUCGAACUUCCUGAAGCAGAUGAUGAUGCUGAUGUUGUUGGUGGACUGCCAAAUGAUUACCACCCGAGCGAUCACCUCCCUAUCGGUGCCCAGUUCGAGAUUAACGAUGAAUAAGGCUCCAAUUUGGAGAUGAAGGAAGAUAUCUGUAACAGCCUGCAAUUGAACAAAUAGAUCAUUCUCUUAUCUUUAUUUUGGAGGUAGAAAGUAUCUAUAAUUUUAUUUUUAUAAAAAUGAGACUAUAUUCUUUUUUUAUACUAUUUAGCUUAAUUUCCUUCACAAAGAGCAUAAAUUCAUGGAAAAUAAUUAGCACACAAUUAUAAACAUGUUUAAUGGAAUUUAAAAAAAUUAGUUAUAAACA